AGAGGAGGCAAAAGCUGUUCUUUCUUUAUUUUUAAGGAAACAAGGUAUGAGCAAUGCAGUUGCAGCAAGGAUAAUCAACAAAUCAGAUCCUUUUAUCGAUCACCUUAUGUUGAAGCUUCAUGCAACUUACAAAUCUCGUUACCUAGAAGAGAACUUACUACACUUGAAAUCAGGGAUGCUCUUAAUCCAUUCCUUGAAUCUUUACUCGAAGAACAUGGUGAUCUUUUAGUAGAUGUGGUGGAGAACUUCCCAAAUCCUCCAUGCAAGGAAAGAUCUUCAUCUUCUUGUCAGAUAACAAGUACCGAUAUUAGCUCCAAGAAAGAUAGAGCAGUUGCUCGAGUGUCUCAACAAAGUCCUGAAGGCCUCCUUCCUGAUCAGGUGAUCUACCUCAUCGAUCUUGGCAUGGACCUUGACCAGAUAAAAACAAUAGUUCGCAGGUUUCCAUCCUUUGCUUAUUACAGUUUGGACCGGAAAAUAAAACCUCUGGUUGAUUUCCUGCUUGAAUUAGGUGUACCACGUCCCGACAUCCCUGCUAUCCUCUACAAAAGGCCUCAGUUAUGUGGCAUUAGCCUUUCGGAGAAUCUGAAGCCAAUGAUGACUUACCUUGAGGGCUUAGGCAUUGAUAAAAAUCAGUGGGCAAAGGUAAUUUAUCGGUUUCCUGCACUCCUCACUUACAGCAGACAGAAAGUGAAAGCAACAAUUGACUACCUCCAUGAAUUAGGCAUCUCAGAUAAGAACAUAGGAAAGAUCUUAACACGCUGCCCGCACAUUAUAAGUUAUAGUGUGGAUGAUAAGCUCAGGCCAACAGCCGAAUACUUUGAUUCGUUAGGCAUCAAUGUAUCAUCACUCAUCAUCCGGUGUCCACAAACAUUCGGUCUAAACAUUGAAGCAAGUUUAAAGCCAGUUACUGAAUUUUUCAUUGAGAGAGGUUACAGUAUAGAAGAGAUUAGCACAAUGGUAUUGCGAUAUGGAGCAUUGUACACUUUCAGCAUUGUCGAUAAUUUGUUACCGAAGUGGAAAUAUUUUUUGACAAUGGAUUAUCCAAGAUCAGAGCUUGUGAAAUUUCCGCAUUAUUUUGGUUACAGUCUUGAGGAGAGAAUAAAGCCUAGAUACCGACGAGUGAAGGAAUGCGGUGUGAGGCUUGUACUGAAUCAAGUGCUCUCAUAUUCAGAUACUGAGUUUGAGAAGAUACUGAAGAGGAAAAUGGUUAAACAAUUUGGAGAGCACUAAAACUUGAGCAUUGUGAAUUUCAGUCAGGAAAACAAAUCUGAUCAUUUUUACAGGCUUAACAGUAAGUGUUUAUUUGCUGCACAGUGUCUGGCUUAUUAUUACUUGAUGAUAAUGCAUUAGAAUUAACUAUA